AUGACAGCCAGUAACUCGGAGGCCUCGGGGCUGUCGGUGCCGCUGCGCCGCUGUCACGGGGUCCUCCAGGCCAACAACGGCACCUGCGCGGAGCAGCUCAGCAUCUUUCCGCCGUUCUCCUCCGCCCUCGCGCUCCUCGUGCUGGUGGCCGUGCUCGUGGGGAUCAUCCUCGUUUCCCUGGCAACCUUCCACUUCCACAAGAGGAAGCUCCGGAACAGGAAGAUCCAGCGCGCGCAGGAGGAAUACGAGCGCGACAGUCGCAGCCCGGCGCGCGGCCCCGGGGCGAGCGGGGACCCCGCGAGGCCGUGCGUCAUCGUCCGACCGGUGAAAUGCGAGGAGAAGCUCUCGUGCCAGAGCGCGGGGAGCGCGGAGGAGGCGGCGGAGGAGGCGCAGCACCAGACGGUUCCUCUUGACUGUUAACUCAGAGCAACUUCAGGGAACGAGACUGUGGAAUAAACAGGAACAGCAAUAAGGCACAAAGAACUCCCACCCCCAUCUCUGCUGCUUGUAGGGUUAGAAUAACGCAGAAUACUGAGCAGAUAGUAGGCCUACAGGUAACAUAGGGCCGCACACCUUCCUAAUACACACACUAGUAUUUAGCCAACUGGUAACUCCUUAUGGGACUGUAUAAAGUAUUUGCCUGCUUUGACUUUUGGACCUCUUCCUCUUCCUCUUCCUUCAGCCUAAAAAAAACAACAAAAAAACAAAAAAAUGAAACCUCAAAGAGAUAUCUUCCCUGGGAUGUGACACACGGUUGUGUUGGGUAGUUUAAAGAGCUGGAGACACAACACAGACCAUAAUGGCUCGCUGAUCUUCCUUGGCAUGUCCUGCGACACACUACCAGUAUGUAGUUAGACUAUAAUGGAUGUUGUGGUGCUGUUAGGCAGUGCAAUGCUGCAUAUAGGCUGUAGAAAAUGGCUUAUUUGUAUGCGUAGUAUUUUUUCCUUGACUUAAGUGACUUAGCAUAUUUGCAUAAAGUACUGUCCUCCAAUGUCUGUUAGACAUCUGUAGGUAGCUCUAGUUAGCCUGACAAGAUGCAAGACUUAUUUGCUGUAGUUAUGCACAUAAGAGUUUCCUUUAAUGUGUCAGAUAGUUAGAAGUUUUAGCGCUAAAUAAACAGUAUUUUCAUUUUUCAGUAUUUAUAAUGUAUUCUCUCUCUGACGUGUAAUAACUUGAGAAUCCUUCCAAGAGAGGGUUUCAGUUUAAGCCAGUCUUAUUUAAACUUUCUCUCUCUUUUUUGUUUUGUUUUUUGAGCCUUCAUAUUGUAUCAUAGUGGGCCUAAUAGAAAUGUCAUUUAUGAUAUCAAUUCACUGUAAAUGUAUGCCAUUAUGAGAGCUGGAAUGUUUUACAGUAACAAAUCAUCUUUCUGGAGUUCAUAUAACCUGCCUUAUCAAAAAGGAAAAUAUGUAA